AUGAGCAGUUCUCCGUUCCUUCCUUCCCAUCCCCCCUCACCUGCCCCAUUCUCCACUCCCGCCCCCCCUACCCCAGGCGACCAGGGGGCGCAGGUUCCUGGUGUUCGUCACUCCGACGAGCUGCUCUCCAACACACGCGCAUUUCCCACUGCCUGCAUUCCAACCCCCUCCCCCUCCCUCUCUCCCCUCCAGGCCACCAGGGCGCGCAGGUUCCUGGUGUUUGCCUACUCCGACGAGCAGCUCUCCAGCCCUCCCUCACGUACCGCAAUUCCCUCUCGCUGCAUUCCCCCACCCCCCUCGUUCCCCCCCCGUUCCCCCCCCACCCCCCCAGGCCACCAGAGCGAGUCAGUUCCUGGUCUUCGCCUACUCCGACGAGCAGCUCUCCAGCCCUCCCUCACGUACAGCAGUUCCCUCUCGCUGCGGUCCCCCCCACCCCACCCCCCCAGGCCACCAGAGCGAGCCACCAGCGGGAAGAAGUUCUUGGUCUUCGCCUACUCUGACGAGCUGCUCUCAAGCACUGCCUUGACCUGCCCCAUUUCCCACUGCCUGCAUGCCAUCCCCCCCCAGGCCACCAGCGGGAAGAAGUUCCUGGUCUUCGCCUACUCUGACGAGCUGCUCUCAAGCACUGCCUUGACCUGCCCCAUUUCCCACUGCCUGCAUGCCAUCCCCCCCCAGUCCACCAGCGGGAAGAAGUUCCUGGUCUUCGCCUACUCUGACGAGCAGCUCUCCAGCACCCGAUCUCACCUUGCAGAGGCCGCCCGCUUCGCCAAAGCCACCAAUCGCAUCCUCGUGCUGCCCAAGGCCAGUCGCAGCCGCCUCUCACUCGCCCGUGCGCUGCCCCUCUGCGCCUACUUCGAUCUCUCUCGCCUCGACGCCCACUGGAUCUCGCCCGACCUCUUCCUGCUCCUCGCCAGAGCUGCUCUCACCCCGCCCUUUGCUGCUUCUGCAGCUAAAGCCGGCCCUUCCGUGGCUUUCGUGCAUCUGCAGAUGCAACAGUUGUGGCGCAUGCCUUUCAGGUCGCUGGUGGACAUGCUGAGUGAGCUGAUGGUGUAUGGCAUGGGCCAUGCGCCGGCAAGGCGCAACACUAUUGACAUCGCCAUGCCAGCCAACAGCAAGGCGGUUUUACACCAGUUGCAUAAGUGGCGGCACACAGACGUGCUGGUAUGGGUGAAGAGCACCUUCGGUCUGGUGGAUUUUGAACCUCCCACAGAAGCCAUCUCCUUUCAGAUGCUUCCGUACAACCGAGCAUGGCACGCCAUGGCGCAUCGAGCCAUGGCCCGCCUGCCCCGCCGCUACAUUGCGGUGCACUACCGCUCCGAGUUCAUUGCCUUUAACCUGGGGCACAGAUUAGCAAAAGUCGGUUACAAAUUGGAGGCAGACGUGCUGGAGGGGCUCAUGGCGGGGUGCAUGGAGGCGGCUCGCGACCUCAUCAACGGCAUGAAGCGCCGCCACAACAUCUCCGCCGUCUUCAUCGCCGCCGACGUGCCGUUUGACGACAAGGCGGGCAGCGUGGUGCGGUCGGACUCGUGGAACGAGACCACGUGGAGGUUCCAAGGGGAGGAGAAAGAGAGGGCGCUGGCAGCCCCGCGGGAGAAGCUGCGGUGGCUGAGGGAGCAGGUGACCGGCACAGUGAUGGUGGAUGAGCUUAUGCCUGUCGUCAACAAAUAUGACCCUGGCAUCGUGGCCAUACUGGACAAGCUGCUGUGCGCACACGCCCAUGUGUUUCUAGCUGGGUCCAUUCUGUGCGGGGGGGCUCGUUCGUUUGAGCUGGACAUUAGCAACCACAGAUUUUACUUCAAACAGACUCUUCACGACAGAUGGUUCUCAAAUAUCAGAUUGCCAGACUAA